AUAUCAUUCGUGUUUGUUAGAGACUAUUGUACGGUGAAAAUGUCGUUUGCAAGGGCCAAAAGAUUUGUCUACAAGGAACCUGAGAUAAAGGUAUCUCCUGCCGACUACGAUGUACCAUGUUCAUUGGGAAAAGUAUUUACUUCCUCCACGGAAUGUCAAGGAUAUUACACAAAGAAUGCUGAAAGAUCUUCUUUAGCGGGUAAACAGUUGAGCUGCAGGUGCAGAAGAAACCCACCAAUUACCUCAAAUACUAGAAAUGGUUCAAGUUACAAUGAACGUAAUUUUCGAAGAGGUCUAAAAGCAUGCUCGACUCCGGAUAAGAAAAAAAUUAACAUUACCGAUUCAGACAAAAUUAAAGAAAGGGAAAGUAUUUUUACCAGAUCUGACACUAAGAGAAUUUCUUUCAGAGAAAAGAAUAGCUCAUAUAUACAAAACACAGACAAGAAUAUAGAGUAUAAGCAGAAUGGGUCAAAUCGGCUAAAUGAUAUAAAAUUUUGUACAAUCGAAGAAUUCUUUGACGACGAUUACCACAGUUACACAAGUUCCGAAGAUAUUAGGAACACGGAAAAAAGUUGUGUGAAGCAUUAUACUGAUUCUAGUAGAAGCAAUUUUGAAAAGAAGAUUUUAGACAAAAUAGAUCAUGUAAGCCGGGAUAUAAAUAAUCUUCACAAUUCUUUUAAAGAAUUCAAAGAUGACUUAUUAGUAAAUCAAUGUCAAAAUAAGCUAAACAAAAUUGGAAAUACCACUAAUCACACCAUUACUCCAACCCAUCGUUAUAAUUAUAAAAGUCAGUUAUCAGACAAAAUCCAAAAUGAAAUUUAUAAUGCUAUCGAGAAUUUGAAAACAGAAUUUUCAUCUCAACAAAAUUCCAUAAUUAGGGAUGCUAUUCUUAAAAUCGGUAGCAUUGCAGGAGAUAUGUAUAGCAACAGAGAAAGAUGUAAUAUUCAAAUUGAAGAUUUGUGUUAUAAAAUAGUAUCAGAUUUAAACAAAAAUAUUUUAAAUUUAGUCGACGAAGAUAGAACAUUAGAAUUUGAAACUUCUCUGCAAAGUGAUAUGGAGUUAAAAGAGAUUGAUGCCAUUCUUAAUCCUGAUAACCAUUUUUUUUACUACGAAGAUAUUUGUAAGACGCUUACAAAUCAUUUACAGAUUAGCCAAAAGGAACUAGAUGAUUUGAAGAAAGAUAAAACGGAAAUAAUGAUUAAAUCCUGCAAUGCUCAUAAAGAGAUUAAUAACCAGACAUCAGUACUAAGGAAACUUCAAGAAGAGUUAACAAUCUUAAAGAACAGCUUUAAAUAAUAGGUUUAUUUUAUGGAACUACUUACGUAACAUUAGUUUUAGUGUGUUUGUACUUUUUUUACUAGUAUUUUAAAUACUUUUUUACUAUUGGGCUUCAUGUUUUAGAUAAGUGAAUUUUCAAAUCAAUCUCUAGAAAUAUCAGUUUACAUACUCUUCUGGCAGUCAACGUUACAAUUCUCUAUUUUCCUUCUUUCUUUUUAGCUUAGUCAUUAUGUUUUAGCUCAAAAUUAUCUGUAAUAUUAUAGCUCUGUAUUAAAAAUUGUAAUACCGCUUCUACGGCUUUUCUAUUUGGCUCUAUUUUUUUAUUUAAGUUUUUUUUAGAUAUAUUUUGCUAAUUUUUUAUUAAGUUCAUGGUUUCUAAUGUUUCGAAUUCUCUGCAUCAAUUUGACUGUCUUCUUCUGACUUUCUUUUCUUUAAUGGCAUAGGCUAAUGGAUGUCACAUUCACAUUUGUAAUUUUACGAGUUGCUUUUUUGCUAUUAUUUAUAGCUUUUACAUGGUUUAUAUUACACAUUUCCUACUUUAAUUGUUGUCAUUUAAAUUGAAAAUUUAUUUUGGUUUUUAUUACCCUUUAGACGCUUUUUCUUAUUUAACUUAUGUGUUUGUAGUAAUACUUUUAGAGGGUCGUGACGACCCACAAAUAUAUAUAAAUAUUUGUCACCAUUUACAGACUUCAUGAUUUCGUUCAAAGGUUUUGAAUCUAUA